UCGUAUCAAAUGAUCCCAGGAUCCGAACUCACGAGAACUUUCUUUAGCCAAGUUUGAUGAUAAUCAAUACCCACAGCGGGUAACCCUUGGCCCGACGUCGAUACGAGCCUGACAAAGGACUCCCAAAUGUCAUUACUUUAGAUGUGACUCGUACAUCAAGCUGUGUGGCACGUGGCAACAGCACCGAACGCUCCAACCAAACCCAACUUGAACAUCAAAAAUCAUGUUUCGAGCUGUCGUGCACCAGAAAAUUCUCAUAAAUGCCUCACGCUUCACAGUAAACAACAGGCAUUUUGUUUCUACGGUUCUUCUCUCCCGAACUUGGGAAAAUGAGACUCUGGUCACUUUGCGUCAUGAAGCGAAAACCCGAGGUCUUUCGACCAAGGGCAACAAAUCUGACAUCAUAAACCGAAUUCAGGUGCAUGAGGAAUCUAAAGCUCUUCCUUUUUCGCAGCCUACGCCCGCCGUAUCUCGCAAUGCGUCUUCAUCUGCCGCUCCACCUCAGACUGCAUCUCCGGGCAUACCGCCUGCAUCACAGCCCGCGGGUGCCUCAAAGACGCCCGACUUUUUCUUGGUCAGAUUACCCAACCUCUCUCAAGAUGGGCCACCCGAACCCGUUCAAGUACCCUUCGUUCCCGAUUUUUGGGAUUCCUCUAGUCCGAAACCCGAGCCCAUAGAACCUUCUCACCCAAAAUUACACGUUGUUUCGGGGUCUGCGACACAUCCUGAUGGUGGUCCCACCUACAACCUUGAAAAGCCUCAGGACGCUGUGGUUAUUGAGGAAGUAGUGGUUAUCGAGCCAGAAAGUCAAUCCAAACCCGCGAUUGAAUCUGGCUUAUUCCGUGACUUGGCCGAUGAUCUUGGGCUGCAGCGGAGUUUCCAGGUUGGCCAGGCGGUCUCGAAUGUGGUACGGGCUGCCAAGGAGCAAGGGCCUGAUUUGCACGCAAAGUCUAGGCCCCUCAACAAUGAGCAAGCCAGAGGAGUUUGGGUCUUGCUCGGUUUACUCGCAGGAUCAUGGAUCGUUGGAGGAUGGGUGAAUCGUGCUCGGUCGGUGCCUGAAGUACCCAGCACGGAGGAAGGCAAGCACUAGCAUCAUCUUUGAGUGAUAUGUAUCGCAACACUCUCUUACAUAGAGACUCUCCUAUCUGGUUGUCAGACUUUUCACGUCUAGCGUUUUUCUUGAUAUAUUAUUCCGAGCGCACGUUUACUUCGCUGGAGAUGGACUGGAUUGCUUCAAGACAAUCUGCCCAGAUCAUGUUCUCUGAUGAACUUUCGAACCACAAUAUGUUAGGUCCAGUCUUGCCAAGUCCAGGUCAAACC